AUUGUUUACCAACAAACACCCACGCCUCUCGACCCCACUAUCCACCACCACCACAUAAUAAUGCCAGGCCGAGUAUCAGGACGAGGCCGUGGCGCGCGCGCCUCAGCCGCCUCCACCUCCACCACCCGCACCCGCAGAACCGCACGAGCGCGCGCCUCAGCCGACGCAGUCGAGAUCCCGGACGAAGGCGAGUCGACCAGCCUGCGCGAGCACAUCUGCAGGGUCUUCGCCGACGCCCAGCGCACCACGGCCACCCAGCGUAAGCUCGUCGUCACCUUGCGCAAGAUCCAAGAAACGUGCUGCUACGAACCCGUCAAGCCGCGCAAACACCAAACGGACGAGGAUUUUGGCGAAGAAGAAUUCAACAACGAAGUGGGCCGUUGCCUGCUCAGAAUACUGCCCGUGAAGAAGAGCGAACCCGUCGGCGACCGCAUCAUCAGGUUUGUCGGCAUCUUCCUGAAGCACGCCAGCGACAAAGACAAUGCCAUUGCGACGGGCGGCGAUCCCGACGCGGCAGAGGCCAUCCCAGAGACACCCAGCAGUCGCUUGACAUCGCACAUCCUCUCUCUCAUCCUCCCACUUCUUACGGCAAAGGACAAGGUUGUCCGCUUCAGAGCAACGCAAAUUACCGCACACAUCGUCAACACGCUCGAAUCUAUCGACGACGAGUUAUUCCAGUACAUCCGUUUGGGUCUACUCAAACGCUUAAAGGACAAGGAGAGCACCAUCCGCGUACAGGCAGUAUUGGGCCUCGGUCGGCUCGCGGAUGAAGGUGACGAUCAAGCAGACGAAGACAGUGACGAUGAAACGGCGAGUGGCCUCCUGGAGAAGUUGCUGGAUGUCCUUCAGAACGAUUCCAGCGCAGAAGUACGACGCGCAUUGCUCAUCAACCUUCCGUUGACGCCUACCACGCUACCGUACUUAUUGGAGCGCGCUCGAGACCAGGAUCCCGGGACUAGGAGGGCGCUUUACUCGAAGUUAUUGCCCGCUCUUGGCGAUUUCCGGCACCUGUCCUUAAACCUCCGUGAAAAACUUCUCCGAUGGGGUAUUCGCGAUCGUGACGAGAACGUUCGCAAAGCAACGGCGCGCCUCUUCCGCGAACGCUGGAUCGAGGAUUGUGCCGGCCUUCCGGAAGGUGCUGAAGAGGGCGCACCUGGAGUCAAUCAGCUGUCGAAACCCAGCUAUGAUGCGCUGUUAGAACUUCUUGAGCGUGUUGACGUGAUCAACUCCGGUAACGAGGGUGGUGCGGCACACGAGGCUAUGAAAGAGUUUUGGGACGGACGACCAGACUAUCGCGAAUUCAUCACGUUCGAUGAUGCUUUCUGGAAUGAGCUGUCUCCUGAAAGCAUCUUCAUUGCGCGGACCUUCAACGACUACUGCAAAAACAGCGGGGACAGCAGGCUCCAAAGCAUGCUCGAGGACAAGAUGCCUGAAGUCACCAAAUACGGCUACCUCAUCCAGAAGCACAUCAACACGCUCAUUGAGGGAGCGCAGAAGGUUGCUCUAGAGGAAGAUCCGGAUGCGGAAGAAGAUACGGUUCAACAGGAAUUUUGCGUCGAACAGCUCCUUCACAUUGCCCUUACUCUGGACUAUACCGACGAGAUUGGCCGCAGAAAGAUGUUUUCCACCAUGCGCGAGGCACUAGCUAUAGCCCAUCUACCAGAGGAGUGUACCAAGCUUGUUGUCGAGGUCCUCCGCAGUGUCUGCGGCCCCAAUUCAUCCGGGGAGCGCGAAUUCUGCGAGAUUGUCCUCGAAGCGAUUGCCGACGUGCACGACACUAUUAUGGGCGACGACGAUGCAAAGACCGAGGCAAGCUUCCAUUCGGCGCGUUCUGACGUCAACGAUGCGGAAGCAACCCCGACGAGUGAAAAGAGGAAAAGAAUUAAGCCAGGAAUGACUGAAGAGGAGCAGGACGCCAUAGAGGAGGAGAAGGCGGUUCGCGAAAUCAUGGUCAACAUGAAGUGCCUCCACAUAGCUCAGUGCAUGCUGCAGAAUGUGCACUGCGACCUGGAAUCCAACCAUGUCCUCGUUACUAUGCUCAACAACCUGGUGGUUCCUGCCGUUCGGUCGCAGGAAGUUCCUGUUCGUGAGCGUGGGUUCCUCUGUCUGGGUUUGUGCUGCAUCCUCAGCAAGAACAUCGCUCAAGAGAACCUUGCUCUUUUCCUCCACUGUUUUGCCAAGGGCCAUGAAGCCCUGCAAACUAUUGCUAUUCAGAUAAUCACCGAUAUUCUGACCACGCAUCCCUCUCUCAUCGCUAGCCCUGAACCUCCACCCGACGUUAGCGCUGCCGAUGCUACGGAGGUUCCCAACCCCCUUCUUAAGCCGAUUCUGAAAAUGUACCUGCGGGCAUUGAAAUCGGGAGAGGUUCAAGUUGCCACGUCAGGUGCCGUGGCUGCGUCGAAGCUCAUGUUGCUCAACAUCUUGCGCGAUUCUGACUUGCUAAGAUGGCUGACGGUUGCCUACUUUAACCCGGAGAGCCAGCAGAACCCCGGGUUGAGACAGGCGCUGACGUACUUUUUGCCGGUAUACUGCCACUCGCGCAAGGAGAACGCAGAGCGCAUGGCCAGCAUCGCGGUUCCGAUUUUACACGCUCUCAUGAGUGUGCAAGAAGAGCUGGACGAGGAAGGCGAUGUGGAGAUGGUUGGGCUAAACGUUGUCGGCAGCCAGAUUGUCGACUGGACCGACCCGAGGAAGUUGGUUGGCGUCGAGGAGCUUGGCACGGUGCUCGAGGGUACGAGCGGAAGGAGGGUCGAGGCAGCGGGAGACCCACACCUCGUCCUAGCGGAGGAAUUGUUGGAGAAAAGCUUGACGCACGGCACGACCAAGGAAGAAAAGAAAAUCUACCUCUCCAUGCUUUCAAAACUGCAUGUUCACCCCACGUCCUUCACGCCAAAGAAGCUGCAAUCCGUUUCGGACCUCGUCACUGAAGCGCAAGACUCGAAGGUCGCGGCAGACGCAACAUCGCGCAACGCGCUCGCCAAGCUUGCCAAUGCGAUCUGGAAAGCCGGGCUCAGCGUGCACGGCGGCGGCGAGAGAGCCGAAGACGCGACGGUCGUGCAGGGCGAAGCAGAGAAGGACGACGACGCCUCGGUCGCUGAAGCGGCGGCAUCGGCGGAGCCGGAAGAAACCCCCGAUCCUGAUGCCGGUGCCGGUGCCGAUGCCGUUACCGGUGUGGAGGGUGAGGGAGAUGAUGACGAUGAUGACGACGCAGCCUCCUCCAGUGCUGCAACUCCCCGCCCGGCCGAGCCGCGCGCGAUGAGCAUCGAAGAGCAGAUCCAGCAGCAGCUCGCCGAGGAGACAAUGGCGGAGGUGGACGCAGAGGGGACGGUGUACGGCGUCGAAGAAGAUGAUGACGAAGAGGAGGAGGAAGAAGAAGAAGAAGAAGAAGAAGAAGAAGAAGAAGAAGAAGAGCAGAAAGCGAGCGAUUCGAGUAGCGGUAAUGGGAGCACGAUAGUGGUGGCGAUGCCACCGGCGUCGGCUGUCAAAGCGAAGACGAAGCCGAAGGAGAAGGAGAAGGCGCCACCUGUGCAGCCGAGGGGGAGAGGGAGGCCAAAGGCUGCGGCUGCGGCUGCGGCUGCGGCUGCGGCGACGCCUGCGAAGGGGAGAGGGAAGGCCAACGCAAAGUCGAAGGCGAAGGCGAAGGAGAGCGCGAGCAGGGAUGUGGUGGACGAGUUGUUGGACAGUGAUGUUGAGAUGAUGGACGUUUAGGUUGGGAGUGGGGCUGGGGUUGGUGUUGUAGUUGGUGAUGGUGGUGGGGGUGGGGCGAGAGACAAGGUGUGGAGGUGUGGAGUCAAGGGACCGGUUGGGGUUGGUUGGUCGGUUGUAUUCUACUACGGACCUAUGUGUGUGUGUUUUUGUCGCUUUGGGGGCUGGCUGGGAUUUGGGGCUGCUGCGGCGUUGAGGAUGGAACAGGUGGGGGUACGCAUGAACGUACGCAUGAAUGCACGUAUGCUCGCUGGACUGGGCUGG